AAAACAUCCCGCCGCGGACCUGUGAGUGUCCCGGUGAGACCCGGACCGUUAUCGACACCAGAAACACACUUAUUUGUCAGGUGUGAUCAGGCUGCAGUCUUGAAGACAUCAGCCUGUCAACUGCCUGUCAUAGUUCACUGCGCCACCUACUGGCAACAGGAAGUAAGCCUUGCAAGCAACGACUGCAGCACUGGGAACUCUGCCUCACCACGCCGCCCCCCAGCUCCGUCCUCCGCUCUGACUUUGGACUGAGAUUCAUCCCUCCACUCCGCUGCCCUCGCCACAGACUCGCAGCGGAUGCAUCAUCAUGGUGGAUGUGACCAAGUGGCCCGUCUUCAGCCUGAUGGGGCCCCAGGAGCUCUCCACCAUACGGAAAGCGUGCGUGUUUGGAACAUCUGCUAACGAGGCCAUCUACAUCACCAACGAUGACGAGGUGUACGUGUUCGGGCUGAACUGCAGUAACUGCCUGGGAACAGGGGACAGCCAGAGCACCAUCGUACCCAAGAAGCUGGACUUCCUGAGCGGGAGGAAGGUGGUCAGCCUGAGCUACGGCAGCGGACCCCACGUCCUGCUGGCCACAGAGGACGGAGAGCUAUUCGCCUGGGGUCAUAAUGGUUACAGCCAGCUGGGAAAUGGGACAACUAACCAAGGAGUCGCUCCAGUGCUCGUGUCUGCCAACCUGCUGAAUAAGAAGGUCACAGAGGUGGCCUGUGGCUCUCACCACUCCAUGGCUCUGACUGACUCAGGAGAAGUGUAUGCAUGGGGCUACAACAACUGUGGGCAGGUGGGUUCGGGCUCCACGGCGAACCAGCCCACACCCCGCAGAGUGUCGAGCUGCCUGCAGAACAAAGUGGCUGUCAGUGUCGUCUGCGGGCAGACCUCGUCUCUGGCAGUCGUGGACAAUGGAGAGGUGUACGGAUGGGGCUACAAUGGCAAUGGACAACUUGGACUCGGAAAUAAUGGGAACCAGCUCACUCCUUGUCGCCUUGUAGCUUUGCAGGGUUUAUGUGUGCAACAGAUUGUUUCGGGCUAUGCUCACUCCCUGGCGCUAACAGACGAGGGGUUGCUGUACGCUUGGGGUGCAAACACAUAUGGACAACUGGGCACCGGCAACAAGAGCAACCAGCUGAGCCCAGUCCAGAUCAUGACUGAGAAAGAGAGGAUCGUGGAGAUCGCUGCCUGUCACUCCACACACACAUCAGCUGCCAAGACUCAGAGCGGUCAGGUUUACAUGUGGGGCCAGUGCAGGGGCCAGUCCAUAGUGCUGCCUCACCUCACCCACUUCACCUGCACCGAUGACGUCUUUGCAUGCUUCGCCACCCCCUCUGUUAUGUGGAGGCUUCUUUCCAUGGAGCACGAUGACUUCUUGACCGUGGCUCAGUCUCUGAAGAAAGAGUUUGACAACCCAGAGACAGCCGACCUCAAGUUCUGCGUUGACGGCAAAUAUAUCUAUGUCCACAAAGCAGUUCUCAAAAUCAGGUGUGAACACUUCAGAUCCAUGUUCCAGUCCCACUGGAAUGAAGACAUGAAGGAGGUGAUUGAAAUAGACCAGUUCUCCUACCCGGUGUACCGCUCCUUCCUGGAGUUUCUCUACACAGACAACGUGGAGUUGCCCCCUGAGGAUGCUAUUGGUCAGAACCACACACACACACACACACACACACACACACACACACACACACACACACACACACACACACACUUAACUAACACUAACUUACCGUGUUACCGUCUGUCUCUGCUGUGUCAGGGCUGCUGGAUCUGGCCACCUCGUACUGUGAGAACCGCCUCAAACGUCUGUGUCAACAUAUUAUAAAGAGGGGUAUCACUGUUGAAAACGCCUUCUCCCUGCUUUCUGCCGCUGUGCGCUAUGAUGCCGAGGUCUGUCUCCACUAUCGCUCUUCCAACUAUCACAUAUA